CCACCCCACACCCCUUCUCUCUCUCGCCUCCAACACCACGGCACCAACAGAACACACACACACGGAGCAACGCAGCGGAGUGGACAACAGCGUGCUAGCUCCCAUGUGUCGCCGUUCUCGCAGCAGCAGCAGCAGGAGUAGCGGCGUCUGUUUACGUCUAACACGAGUAGUCACUGGGACGGCAUCAGCGGGCGUACGGGACAACAUGGAGAUAACGCGGAGCGUAGAGAGGCGCGCAGCAUAGACGCAUAUGGGUGUUUGUAUCCCGUGUUAAAAAAAAAGAGGCAAGGCAGUUAUCGUAUGCGCUCAUUACAAUAGUCUCGUUGCGCAUUUGGAUGCCGAACGUUCGCGGAGCGGCUGCGUUUGACCGUAGCGGAAUGAAGUAUGCGGUACUGUGCUGAAGGGACGUCACAGAUUUAAAGAACGCAGAUCGAAGAAGGAACCGUUGACAGCGAGGAGAAGAAUAAAACAGCUCCUUCUGCUGUCCCCGAAGGCGCGGGGUUAUUGGAUGUGCUCCUCCGAAGAAUGGCUGGAGGCUUGGAGUGAUCGUGCAAGUGAUGUUGGGGCUGGCUUCUCCCAUCAUUGCUCAUCUGGUGUUUACCAAAGGAGGCAGUCGUCGCUUUUUUUGCAAGAUGAGUUAUUGAGCCAAAAAAAAAGCCCACGUUCAUUGCGAGACCCGACGGUCACUUUGAUGAGCGCUUUGAUUUGAUGGCUGUAGAAUUGGCGGUCAUCGAUACGAGCAGAGGAGUUUGGGGGAUCCUUCCAGGCGUGUGAAGAGCGAGAGUGGACAUUUAAAGCUGAACUUUGAUCUCUUGAGAGCUAAGCGGGAAGCUGUGUGACAAGUUACAAUUUCUUGCCCAGUCUCAUUCUAAAAGUGUCCUCGGGAGCUAUCGAUUUGCGUGGAGUUUCCUUGAAGAAAGAACGAAUAUCCGUUUGUUUCAUCUCACGAGUUGAACCUCCAUCUCAACACACUUGAAGGAGGAGUGACGAGAAGGGGGCAUUGAGAGACAUUGGCCUCAUUUUAAUCCAAGCCAGUCUGCUUUAAGGUGGAGUGAGCAGAGGGGGUUACAUCUGACCCAGGGACUUGUUUGGGAGCCUUCUACAAGACAUUUUUUAAGAAGACUGCUGGAGAACAUCUGGAUAUUGAGGACAGUCUUGCCGGACCUGUUUGGCCAACUUGUACAGAAGAACCCUUUUACUGACCAAGUUGGCUUGUUGGUGGCAGUCGGUGGUGUUACGGCGCCAGGGGACACACGCAAGAACAGUCGACACUCAACUCGGUGUCCUGGUGUCUUGAAGACUUGAAGUUGGCUGGAGAGCGGGAGGUGAGCGGGUGCCCAUUUGGCUACCUUCGCUGGCACAUGGUCGCCACCACCACCACCACGGUCGUCGAUCUUCCACGUUAACCAUGAGCGCGGCGGCCAAAUUCAAGAAGGAUAAGGAGAUCGUCGCAGAAUAUGAAGCGCAGCUUAAAGAGAUCCGGGCGCAGCUGGGCGAGCAGCUCAAGUGCCUGGAGCAGCAGACGGAGAUGCGAGCGCAGCUCCUCCAAGACCUGCAGGACUUCUUCCGCAAGAAGGCAGAGAUCGAGUUGGAGUACUCGCGCGGCCUGGAGAAGCUGGCCGAGCGCUUCAUGGCCAAGACGCGCAGCUCCAAGGACCACCAGCAGUUCAACAGGCGAGAUCAGAACCUGCUGUCGCCCGUCAACUGCUGGUACCUGCUGCUGAACCAGACGCGGCGCGAGAGCCGGGAUCACGCCACGCUCAGCGACAUCUACCUCAACAACGUCAUUGUGCGCUUCGGACAAAUCGGCGAGGACUCGCAACGCCUCUUCAAAAAGAGCAAGGAUAUUGGGGUGACAUUACAAGAUGACUUGCUCAAGUACAUCAGUGAGCUUAACACAGUGAUCAAGACGUACCACAUGUACCACGCGGAGAGCCUCAGCGCCGAGAGCAAGCUGAAGGAUGCCGAGAAGCAGGAGGAGAAGCAGUUCGGCCGCACCAGCGACCCCGUCUCCUACGCCUUCCGCGCCGACGAGCGGCACCAGCGCCGCAGCUCCGUGCGCAAGAUGGAGAAGAUGAAGGAAAAGCGGCAGGCCAAGUACUCGGAGAACAAGCUCAAGUCGAUCAAGGCACGCAACGAGUACCUGCUCACUCUCGAGGCGAUCAACUGCUCGGUGCAUAAGUACUACAUCCACGACAUCUCCGACCUUAUCGACUGCUGCGACUUGGGCUACCACGCGAGCCUGAACCGCGCGCUGCGUACGUACCUCUCCGCUGAGUACAACCUGGAGAGUUCACGCCACGAGGGCCUCGACGUCAUUGAGAACGCCGUGGACGGCCUCGACCCGCGCAGCGACAAGCUGCGCUUCCUCGAGACCUACCACACCUUCUUCUGCCCGCCCACUAAGUUCGAGUUUCAGCCACACAUGGGGGACGAGGUGAGCCAGGUCAGUGCCCAGCAGCCGGUGCAGCUUGAAUUGGUGUCGCGCUACCAGCAGCUGCAGUCUCGCUUGGCCACUCUGCGCAUCGAGAACGAGGAGGUAAAGAAGACGAUGGAGGCGACCCUGCAGACCCUGCAGGACAUGGUGACCAUCGAGGACUUUGACAUGUCCGACUCCUUCCAGCACAGCCGCUCCACCGAGUCUGUCAAGUCCGCCACCUCGGAGACGUACAUGAGCCGCCCCAACGUGGCCAAGCGGCGCGCCAACCAGCAGGAGACCGAGUCCUUCUACUUCAUGAAAUUCAAGGAGUUCAUGAAUGGAAGCAACCUUAUAACCAAGCUGCAGGCCAAGCAUGAUCUCAUCAAUAAAGCCCUUGGAGAAAGUGCCAAGGGUGAUUUUAACUCCUUCAGAGGACGGAGAAACUCGCGCUUUAGAAGCCAGGACACCGGACAGGUCAUCCCCUUGGUGGUGGAGAGCUGCGUUCGGUUCAUCAACCUCUACGGCCUUCAGCACCAGGGGAUUUUCCGUGUCUCAGGCUCACAGGUGGAGGUCAAUGACAUCAAGAAUGCGUUUGAAAGGGGCGAAGACCCUUUGGUGGAGGACGAGGACAGUCAUGACAUCAACUCGGUGGCUGGAGUUCUCAAGCUUUACUUCCGUGGCCUCGAGAAUUCCCUCUUCCCCAAGGAGAAGUUCCACGACCUGGUCAUGUGUGUCAAAAUGGAGAACCUGUACGAGAGGGCCGCUCACAUUCGCAAGAUAAUUCUCACUCUGCCUCGCUCCACCAUCGUGGUGAUGCGCUACCUCCUCGCGUUCCUCAACCACCUGUCCCAGUUCAGCGAUGAGAACAUGAUGGACCCGUACAACCUGGCCAUUUGCUUCGGGCCGACACUCAUGCCAGUGCCCGAGGGACACGACCAGGUGUCCGUGCAGGCCCACGUCAAUGAGGUGAUAAAGACCAUCAUCAUCCACCACGAGGGCAUCUUUCCGGGGUUCAAGGAGCUGGAGGGGCCCAUCUACGAGAAGUGCAUGACUGGCGAGGAGGAGUACUGCGACAGCCCCCACAGUGAGCCUGGCACGAUGGAGGAGGCAGACCAGGACACGGGGACAGAGCCACACACCAGCGAGGAUGAGUGUGAACCCAUCGAGGCGGUCGCCAAGUAUGACUACACGGGCCGCUCGGCGCGCGAGCUCAGCUUCAAGAAGGGCGCGUCGCUGCUCCUCUACCAUCGCGCCUCCGACGACUGGUGGGAGGGGCGGCACAACGGCGCCGACGGCCUCGUGCCGCACCAGUACAUCGUGGUGCAGGACGCGGACGACACUUUUUCCGAUAGCCUGAGCCAGAAGGCGGACAGCGAGGCCAGCAGUGGAGUGCUCCUGGACGAUAAGGUCUCCUCCAAGAACGACGUCGCCUCGCCCACGGAGCGGCUGGCCGAGCUGUGCGUGGGCCACAUGGGCGGCAGGCCGAAACGCUCGUCCGAGGGGGUGAUGCCACCCACUGGCUCCCGCAGGCAGAGCAGGAACGGGGAGACCCACAGCCCCGUGAUGGGAGUGGGCAUGGGCGGGCCCCACAGCGGAGCUCCGCCGCUGGGCUGCGGCUUCCUCAGUGAGGUGCCUCCCCGCUCCACGUCGAGCCCCGGCAGCCCCCGCCGUCCGCCUCCUGUGCGCAGCAGCAGCAGCAGCGGCGUCUUGAUGGGAGUGUCCGGGCUGGCGGUGUCGGAGAGCCCGGAGAAGCGUCGCGCCGGCCUCGGCUACGGAGUGGCGGUGCAUGCCGUCUCCGUGCCAGGCCUGCCGGCCAUCGGACUCGGCCGUCCCGACCGUGGCGCCGUGCGCUGCCCCCCGGGCGUGCCGGCGGUGUCUGGGGUGGGGGGUGCGCACCCCCACAUGGUCACCGACAGCCCGCCCGUGCGGAGAGUCGGGGGCCGCCACAGCAGCCUCUCGGACAAGUCGCUGGACACAGAGGCAAUCGCACAGUCACAGUGUUUGUGUUGGGACCAGGACAUCGAGGAGACGCUCAACUCCGCCCUCAACGAGCUGCGCGAGCUGGAACGCCAGAGCUCGGCGAAGCACGCGCCCGACGUGGUGCUGGACACCCUCCCCGGCGGCCCGCUACCCCCGCCGCUGCCGCCUCCCUCCGCUUCCGCCUCCUCCCCCUCCCCCUCCGCCGCCUGCGCCGCCGCGACCCCCGGCUCGGCGUCUCACGCGCACGGCCACGGCCACGUGCACGGCCACGCGCAUUCGCCGUCGGCCUCCUCCGAGCCGCCCAGCCCGCUCCGUGUGGCGCAGCUAUCGGAGCGCCGAGGGCCGCCUGCCAGCUCCGGGCAGCUGCGCCGCAGCACGAGCACCAACACGGGCGGCGGCGGCGGCGGCGGCGGCGGCACGGACAUUCUGUCGACGUUCAAGCCGGGAUCGCAGGCUCAGCCUCACCCGCCCGUGCUCAGGCCUAAGCCCUCGGCCGCACACGGACGCCCCGGAGCCGGGUCUCCUUCGUUGGCCGGACCCGGGGCGGCUGUUGGAGGCGCGCAGCCCCCGCCCGGAGCAAAGGGUUACCCGGGCGGGCCCGGAGAUCGGUCGUGCACAAUGUAGGCGGGGUGCGGGUUGCUAAGCUGAGAAACGCACAAGUGCGGGCAGCUGCUCCGCGUCUCGCCGGAGACGGAACGGACAAAGCGUCGACUGUGACGGAAUUGAAUUUGUACAAGUUGUUUGCUAAGUGUUGUUUGUGAGAAUGACACUCUCUGGAAUAGUAUAUGAGUAGGUCAAGUCAGAGUCUCCUCGCUCAAGUGAGUAUGGAGCAGUGCUCAUCUCCGUUGGCAGCCCUGAGCCAUUGGUGGAAAUUCCACAUUGCUAUGGUGAUGAUCAGUCACUGCAUAGGACAACCACUUUUGACUGAAAAUAAAAUCACUCAUUUAAUCAACCCUAAUGGGGUUGUGGUUGAGAAAUAUAUAUGUAUAAUGAUGAUGAUGAUGACACCAUGCAUUGUAUGCCUGAAGUGCAUGCCCCUUAGUACAGCAUAAAACCCGAAUGUGAUCCAGCAUUGACGUUCAGUAAAUAAAUGCGUGCCAAGUUAGACUCUCGAAAGCCCUCAUGUGGAGUUGAAGAAUUUGGAGUUUUUUCCAUGUGCCAUUAAGCCAAGGGAAAACACAGAAGCACACAGACCACCGUAUUGCUUGACAGGGAUUUGUUCUAACAUGCAAACAGCUUUGCAACGUUGGUAAUUAAAAACAUGCAUAUAUUUAUAAAUAUAUUUAUAAAUAUAUGCAUUGCUUUUAUGUAUGUCGGUCAAAACAAAUGCGUUUCAUCUGCUUUUCUGAGAUGUGUCACGUGCUUUGUUCUUGCAGAAUUUUGAGGUCUAGGUGUCUCCCCGCUCAAAUGAUAUAUGGACAGUCCUCAUCUCAAUUGCAUGCUCUCAGCCAGUGGUGAAGUAAUUCCACAUUUCUAUGGAGUGGGCCAAGUUUUCCAUGGGACAUCUUGACUUCCGACAAUGUGGAUACUAGGUUUUUUUUGUUUUAUUAAACCCAGAGAGAUAAUUAGGUGAGUAAACCACAUACUGGGAAUUGAACUGUCAACCUGACAUUUCUAGCACUCUAACCACAAUACCACUCAGCCAACAGUAACAUUGGCAGCUAUGGCAUUGCAUUAAGUGAUUGACCAUCGUAGUAAUACAUUGCUAGCCACACGUGAUAGACCAGUAUUGGCCAUUAAUGAUGGAGAAAGACACUGAGUGGCUCUAAAAGAGUACUCUUUUGGGUUAUAUUAAAAGCGACAUUUCUAAAUUCAGCAAUAUUAGGCCACAAUAUAGUACAGUCUGUACAGCAUUUAUUCUGAUAGUCGGUCUCUUGCUAUGAUGCACUGCAUACCUGCUCAGAUAUCUACGUGUAUCUAUAAUAUACCUCUUCAGCAUAUGAGUAGAUAUCUGCAUAUGUAUUCUAGAUCACCGAACAAAAUUGGAUGGAUAAAAAAAAGUACGUUGAGUGUUGGGCCCUUGCGACUGAACUGUUGAGAAUGUACAUGAGGCAAGUGUACAGUGACCUCCGAUUCAAUGCGAUUAUAAAUUAGGAAUGGUGAAACGCUCUUGGCUUCGUGUUGUGCGGAGGGCUGGUGGCAAAAGCAAGCCGUUGGAGUUGCGCUCAGAAAUCCACGAUCGACAGGAAAGAGCUUGAACCCGAAAUUGUGUGGGAUAGCCAAAGAGCAGAGACCAUCGAGGUAAUGUUUAGACUUGGCAGAAGGAAAAUUUGAUGUCGAGGCACGGUGGCAUCUUGCCUUUGAAUGAACGUGUAAUUGCUCAGUCCGUAUGUCAAGCCACGGUUUCUUGAAAUUGUGAGUGGAGACGUUUGGAGAGCGCGGAACUAAAGGCCGGUGCACAAAUUCACGCAGCCGUCGCUUUUGUUCCCAAGCACCACGCCUGCCGCAAUGAUCGGCGUUGUUCUUGUUGUCCGCAGGAAUGAUUCCAGGAUGGUAACAUUGCCACCUGCAGCUAUACAACAUUGUUUUACCUAGAACUCUUAUUCUAUACAUUUUAAAAAAACGUUACCUUCGCAAUAACCUGAAGGGAAAACAACAUUAUUGUGGUUGUGUUAUAUACGGUAGUUAAUAAGGUUACUGUUUACACUCCAAACAGCAUUCUAUGUGUUGGUAUGCUUCGCAGUAAACCCUUGUACUGGUGUAUAGAUUUAUACAGAUAUUUUGUUUUACCCUUAAUGACAUUUGAGAGCUUAUUGAGCUCAGAUCUCCCUUUCAAAAGUGAUGUCACUGGCUUCUCAAUCCCAGUCGUAGGUAAUUGAUAUAUGGUAUAUAGGAUGUUCAGAGUAAUUAUAGGUGUGUAGGGUUAAUUUGAAAGCCAGAAUGUCCUGAACAUCAUCAAUAUUUGCUUCAGUGUAUUUAAAUGUUUGAAAACAACUGCAUGAAUGUGGAAAAUCAGACAGAAUGUAACGGAGCUUUUUUCGAAAAUAAGAGCCAGAUUGCCCGUAUACCGCAAUGCAAGACUACAGCGCCAUCUAUUGGGUAUAAGUGUGACUACAAGUACCUUGUACAAGUACCUUGCAAUUAUAAAAGCCAGAUACCAGUAAUACCGUGAUAGUUCCUAAUUUCCAUUGUGUAAUUAAAUUGUCGGUACUGCACGUAGUAUCGGUGGGUUGCUUUCUUGCGAUUGAAUUCAUGUCAUAAUUCUAAGAUAAUUUGAAAAACAAACUGGGUAUGAUGUCAGAAGUCUGAAUCAUUGUGGUGACAGACGUCAAUGAAUAUUCGGAAAGUAUAUCAUUGUACAAAGCCUUAAGUCGUAGCAUAGCAACAUACGGUACCAUAUGUUGAUCUAAUUAAAGUAAUCGUGUCAUCAAGUAAACAGAUUGCUUCUUGCAAAUGCCAACACGAGAAUACAUUAUAUUACAUAGGAGCAGGAUGUAAUUUAUCCUCAAACAUUUCCCAGGACCCACCGAUCCUCAGGGCGAUGCUCCAGUCCGUCAAGUAGGGAAAUGUUUUUUUUUUCUCCCCCAGAGCUCAGCGCUGGACAGCUACGGCUAAAUUUAAGACCUGCCUGUAAGUAAUUGGAAAUCAAACUGAUGACUUUUUGGAGUAACCCCCCCCCCAAACACUGACAUUUCUCUCUCUCUCUCGCGAGUAAGCAGACAAUCCUAGUAACGUGACACGUCAGCUCACACGGGCUACGUUGUCGGUUGCAGGUAAAACGAGGCGUUGCGGACACUUGCAGGAAAGCGCACGUGUUUCGCUUGGUGACUGCACGCAGUUUUUAAGCGCUAAAGUGUUUUGAGUGCGAACGGCCUGCAACGAGGGACAUCUAGCAGCGGACUUUCGGGAUCUGUGUCUUGUCUUACCAGGGGAGCAAGGAACCAUGUUGCAGCAUGGGGAAGCACAUCUGUUGUUGGACAUGCUGUUCUACGUACAAUAUAAUCCUGCAAUUAUACUGCGCGAUCUUACCGUGUGAUGAUUAUGACGGUGAUGGCAGUGGAAAUGUCGUGCACAGCUGUAAUAAUUACGGAUGGCUUUGUGUCGUGUGUGCGUGCCGUGUGCGCGUUUGCAACGAGUGCUUUUUUUUAGCGUGUGUGCCGUAAUUUUAAACAGUAUCCAGGUUAUGACCUUUUCUUUUUUAAAAACCGAACGGCAAUAAACAUGACGUGGAAAAGCCGCCAAGCCAUUUCACGCACUGCGUAACUGCAAUAUUUAGCAUUGACACCACCAUGAUCACAAGAGAUCACAAUGUAUUCACUGCCCAAUCAAAUAAUGGGAUAUCCAAACAAUUUUAAUUGAGUAAUCAAUUGAGCAAGCAUGGGAAGCUAACUGCUCAUCUCUGUUUAUAGCCCUGUGUCACUGAUUUAAAUUCCACGUUGCUAUGGAGGGGGACAGCUGUCACUCUAUAGAAUACCCACUGUCAUCCUCUCACGAAGUACCAACUCUGGAACGAUUACGGGCCCAUUUUAAAUCCCCCUUUACACCGUGACCAAGCUACCAAGUUGCAUGAUUACAUUCAUCAUAAGGUUGAAUUACUGUUGUUUUGUGCGACCAGAAGGAUUAGAUUAAAUUCCUUGGCUGGGUAAUCUUUUUAACUCGAAAGAUUCGGAUGCAAGUAGAGCUCUCUCAAACGGUGUAUCUAUAGGAAUGUUUAAAAUAUAUAUCCAAUUAUCGCAAAAGGGUGUUUGACGUGUGUACCUGUCUAAAAAAAGUGAUUUCUGACAUCACGCAUUAACAUGGAAUGUAAUCUUACCUUGAGGCAAAUCUGCACCCCCACAUCAUUCACCUGGAGCUUGGAGCCUCAUUGUUACUCUGGUAUAUUAACUGCAAUGCAUCUGAUUUUACAACGUACACUGCAUUUAGAUAUAUGCAUGCAGCAGCUGUUCAGUUCACACCGGUAUACAACGAUCAUUUUUCUCUCCUAAUACGAGUUAUUAUUACUCUUUGUGUUUGGGGUUAAGGGAGUAACAUAGCUCUUUUACCACGUGGGCUGAUUGAAAAUGUUGAAACUGCAAAGACAUUACAUUGCGUUUAAAAAAAAGAAACGUGCUGGCAUGUUUUUUUUUACGUUAUUCCAAUAAACUGUGUAAGUAUAUAUGCAUGAGAGGCAGUCGUAAGAUUUCGAGAGGAAAGACAAAGCGAUACCAAGAACAUGACACCACACAAAGCAAACGCUCGUCGUAGUAAAACCGCUCCUAAUGUUCUUAUAAUAAACCAACUGCGUCCAUUUAUUGGUGAGAGGCAACUGUCGUGGACGGGUUGUGUGGCUGGAGCGUGCCGACGUUUCAAUCGUUUUUUUUUUCGGUGGAAUUCUAUCGCAUCUCUCGCACAUUGCGUCGUCGUAUGCCCGUGCCUGCAAGCAUGCGCGCGCGUCUGGAGAUGUGCGUGCAGAGACAGACGGGACAGAAAUUGAAUUUGCUCGUCCGUCGCAUGACGGAUGAAUGGGUUGGCAAUGGAUACGGCAUGGGUGAUGCUGCGUGUCCCAUUGCUUGCUUCCGCGCUGUUGCAAACCUCCCCCCCACCCCCGCUCUCACCCGUGCCGUCUCGUCGCUGCUUUGGAGCUGUUACAUUUCAGCGUUGUACAUUUGUGAAUAGACGCGGCCGUUGUUGUGGUGAUGGUGGUGUGUGUGUGUGUGCUGCAGUGGUGAGUGCGUCUCUACCUACUCGCUGGGAGCCGGUAGUGAACGUCAUCGCAUACUAUACGCUCAUAACGAUGUUACGAUUAUACCCAAACUGGAACAAGUUAUUGUGGCCGAUGAAUGAUAAGUAUAAUAUGGUCCUGUUGCAUAUGGUGUAUUUUAAGAUGUGUAAUGUUUUUUUGUUUAUCAUUUUUAUCACCAUUAUUACGAUUAACAUUUAUUUUUUACACUCGUAAAAUUAUUUUUUCCUCGAACUAGACGAAGUGCCUUGUGUGUGAAUGGCUUUUCCGAGCAUCCGUGUGUUCUAUGCAUCGCACUGCAAGGAUUGAGAUCUUAAACGCCACUUGCUUUCAGUGCGCCCUGAUCCAGCCGUUUCACGUCUUGCUCUCACCGUGUGUAGACAACAGAGGGGGCUGUUGCUCGCUUUGUGUUCCGUUUCCUCAUCGCGAUAACCUCGUUUGUUUCGCAGCGUUUAUUUUUUGCCAAAAACACGAAAAACACUUCUUGGUUUAAUGUAUAGCAUCGCAAUGAUUAUCCUUAAUAGUGGCCCUAAAAAAACGGUGGUGCAAAUUCCACCUCGUGACGGUGGGUCAUUCUCACCGUAGGAGAGCCACUACUCACCAACAAGAUGGUACUCGUUCUAUUCAUCUUGGAGGUGAUUGCAUAUAAACUUAAUUCCGACUGACCACAGCUCCCAUCUGGCUGGAUGAUAACAGCAUAAUAUUACCACUUAAACUUUGAAUAAAAAUGUGUAUUGCAUGGGGUUUGCCUCAGGAAUGUCCCAAUGCAUUUAUAUUUCAUCUAAUUUUGGAGUUGUCAAAGAUGGGGGAUGUGUGGGGAUGAUGGGAGGAAAAUUCCCUUGGCUAGAGAAUUCAUUGGCCACUCUUGGGGAUUUAGCCGGCAUGUCAUUAUCAAUAUAAUUUAUCAUUAUCAAGGAGUCUCGUGGAAUAAUAAUUGCCUAUGUAAUUUAGAUGGGGACUCAUUUUCACAUCCCAUACAGUGAGAAUUUACCUCUAUGGUACAUUUAUCAGUAUCGUCUUCGUAGGAAAGUGAAUGACCUCCAGCCCAAAGGCAGACUGUGAGCCAAGCUCUUUGACCACAGUGCCACUAGGCAAAACACAAAUGUCCCAACACAGCUAAACUUAUCCAUAAACCAGUUUAAAGGAGUCUUAUGUGGUUGUAUUUAAUUUAACGUUGUGUACUAAGAGAUGUGCAUGAGUCUUGCACACUUGUUAAAUGAUAACAUCAAUUACAUUAUACAAUGCUAUUUAAAAUAAUCAUUUACAGAACUCUCCUGGUGACCAGACCUGGGCAUUCUGGAAUACACAGUGGUUAUGGAGUGGCAUUUAAAUAAUACCUUGCAGUGUGUGUGUGUGGCAUUAACCUUGGUCUGAUAGCAACGACAUAAACCGCCAACAGCAAACAGAGACAUGUUAAAAAAGUAUAUUUUUUGUUUUAUAUGGCAGCUUUAUGUGUGUGUGUGACGAAUUCACAUAUUGCUCGUAAAACAAGAUAACGCGUUAAGUGAUUCUCCAAUACAUAUUGCUCAUGACUUCUGGAACCUGUGGGUGUAGUGUUUUUAAAGAGAGUUCCCUAUAAGAGAUGAUUCAUAUAAAUAUGUUAAUGUACUUGAACUUAAGCACAUUACCCUAAUGCUGACAAUGUUGCAAAGGGUGUUGCAAAUUUUACUUUGCAAUGCUAUCAUCAUUCAUAGUGGAGUUGGCUUGAUUCAUUGCCAUCUAUAAAUAUAUUUGUCGCUAUUUUAAAUGAGGGUUUGAUUAAAAGGCGGAAAGCAUUCUCUGGUAGUGUCACCUCGCUGAACUAGUCCAAACUUUGAGACAGACAUCGGGCAAAUAAAGUCCAAGGUACAGAUUGAAUAAAAAAAUAUUUCUCACCCUCUCCCAAUAUGCAAAUGUUUUAAAACAUGACAAUGUUUUGAGAAACUCCUCAUAUAAAUAUCUAAAUAUUACCUUUGCUUAUAUAAGUUCGCAUAACAAGCUUGAAUGGGGGGAGGGACCACGUAUCAACUUCCGACAGUCAAGUGAUAAGCAUGAAAGUAUGAUUUUGGGCUACGUACUCUAAAAUAUAUGACUACAUUUUCAAUGUAACUUUUGCAGUGGGUUCAUGAGUAGAAGGUGGAACGAACUAUAUUUUCAUUAAUAUGCAUGACUAAUGAUAACCCAACAUCUAUAACCAAUAUCAGAAAGGACCUCAGUUUAACGCUACAUAAGCGUCGUGGCUCAACCUAUGAGACCACUUGGACAAUUUUUUUUGGAGGUUCUCAUUGAAACAUUGUAUCAGAAAACCUGUUUUUUGGCUGCUGUAUGGGCAGUAGCAUGGAAAAAAGUGCCACCAUCUAGUAUAGUAACACUCAGGAAUUAGGCUCUUGACAAGUGAAAUGUAUCAAUAGAUGUUCAAUAUUUUUGGCCAACAAAUGGAAUCUCUGGAAUGUCACUGGCUAAACUGGGAAAUCCUCGACUUGUACCUAAGAACAAGCCUCUUUCGUCCACGUCAGUAACACCUUAGGUGGCAUUACAUUAAGCGGUUCCAGUGUAUUUUUGUGGACAACUGUGAAGUCUGUGAUAACACAUUUUAAACGAGUGAGGUUAACAAAUAAUGAACUCGUAUUGCUUAUAUUUAAAUACAUCGACACGACUUAGGUGGUGCCAGGUUUCGGCUCUGGCCCAUGGACCAUUUCGUUCACAAGGCAUCGAUCCUAACAAAGUGGCCUCUUGUUCUCUGAGCUUUUUGUGUAAAUUAUUUACUCUUUCACGUGUUCAGCAUGAAAGUUGCAUUGUUUAACAAGGUUGUGAAGAGGGUAGAUUAUCUCACCAUUAUAAGCAUGUGUGGAUAAUGUAUCGAUGAGAGUGUACACCUAUUCAUUCGUGUGAGGUUAAGCAUUUACAAUAAUACAUUGAUCCAAUUUUUUUCCAGAAACCAAAAGUUGCUCAGAGUCGGUCAUUAAUGAUGCUUGGCCAAUAUGUGCUUAUGACAGCUACGCCUAUUGUUACAUAACCACAAUUAUAGAAAGUCCCUUGGGUAAAUUAUACAGCGAACUUUGACAAUGUGUCGUGGAGAUGACAUCACUCGAGCGCUUGCCGCCCCCCACCCAACAAAAUGUUGUACGAGCUACAGGAUUAAGCAUGGAUUUUUUUUAAGUGCACAAAUUUGAAACCGAAAACAUUGAAAAGAAAAAAGUAAUAUUCGUAAAUGGGACAGGACCACUAAUUAAAAUAUGUACUGUCGAAAUAAAAAAAAGGUUUUUUUUUAAAGGUUGCUUUUAAAUACAGUAUUUCACUGGGUCUACAAAUAUAGCGAUAUGAGACUGGCAUUUUAAGCUUCUUCGGUCUCUGUUAAUCUGAAUGACUCUCGUUUAUGACCAAGUAACACAAUUAUUUGGAAGUUUACACAUCGAUUAACAAAGUUUAUUUUUCAUUGGUUAUUUUCAAAAUGCGUUUUUUUGCUUAUGUUUCCAAGUCUGGUUGCUUACAAAAAUGCACUUUGCAGACAUUGCCACAGUUAUUGUGUAUGUUAUACGUGCAUAUGUACUCCAGUCAUAUGUCUGAAUUUAGCGUGUUGAAACAUUUUCUGCAGUAAUGGAAAUACUAAUAAAGGUUUAGCCCUGAUGGAAAAGUAAA